AUGGUGGAGAUUAAGAAAGCUGAGCCACGGGACGGCAGUGGCGGAAACAAGAUGGGCGGUUCUGAUCCGUCUUCGGCGUGGGGCCCGCCGCAGGCCCCCAUGGGCAUGAUGCAGGGCCCCAACGGGCAGAUGGGAGGACCUCCGAUGAAUUUGGGCGCACCCAUGGGACCUAACAUGAUGCAGAAACCACCUGUAAUCCCAAGGUCAUUUGUUUCAAACACAACCAGGCCAGGCAUGUCAUAUGCUCAAGCUACUCAAAAUCAACUUCGACCGGAAACCAUUACGAGUACUAACAAUACCAGUACUAGGAAUAACAUAGACAGUCGGGUACUGGACUGUCUAUCAUCGCCUAAUGACUAUGUUCAAACAGUUCAAUGA